GCAAAAGUGAAAUUGGCAAGACACAUCCUUACAGGAAGAGAGGUUGCAAUAAAAAUAAUUGACAAAACUCAGUUGAAUCCAACAAGUCUACAAAAGGUCCACCAAAAGUGUGUCCUUACACUUGAAAGACAUUGUAAUGAGGAAGCAAACAGACCGCUAUGGUGUAAAACAAAGAUCUUCUCAGCUCUUCAGAGAAGUAAGAAUAAUGAAGAUUUUAAAUCAUCCAAACAUAGUGAAGUUGUUCGAAGUCAUUGAAACUGACAAAACACUGUACCUAAUCAUGGAGUAUGCAAGCGGAGGUGAAGUGUUUGACUAUUUGGUUGCACAUGGAAGAAUGAAGGAAAAAGAAGCAAGAGCUAAAUUUAGACAGAUAGUAUCUGCAGUCCAGUACUGCCACCAAAAGCGGAUUGUUCACAGAGACCUCAAGGCCGAAAAUCUAUUGUUAGAUGCUGAUAUGAACAUUAAAAUAGCUGACUUUGGUUUUAGCAAUGAAUUUACUGUUGGCAGUAAACUGGAUACGUUUUGUGGCAGUCCUCCAUAUGCAGCCCCAGAGCUCUUCCAGGGCAAGAAAUACGACGGGCCAGAAGUGGACGUGUGGAGCCUGGGCGUCAUCCUCUACACUCUUGUCAGCGGGUCGCUCCCCUUUGACGGACAGAACCUAAAGGAACUGAGAGAAAGAGUAUUAAGAGGGAAAUACAGAAUCCCUUUCUACAUGUCCACAGACUGUGAAAACCUUCUCAAACGUUUCCUGGUGCUAAAUCCAAUAAAACGAGGCACUCUAGAGCAAAUCAUGAAGGACAGGUGGAUCAACGCAGGGCACGAAGAAGAUGAACUUAAACCAUUUGUUGAACCAGAACUGGACAUCUCAGACCAGAAGAGAAUAGAUAUUAUGGUGGGAAUGGGAUAUUCACAAGAAGAAAUUCAAGAAUCUCUUAGUAAAAUGAAAUAUGAUGAAAUCACAGCUACAUAUUUGUUGUUGGGAAGAAAAUCUUCAGAGCUGGAUGCUAGUGACUCCAGUUCUAGCAGCAAUCUCUCACUUGCUAAGGUUAGGCCAAGCAGUGACCUCAACAACAGCACUGGCCAGUCUCCUCACCACAAGGUGCAGAGAAGUGUUUCUUCCAGCCAGAAGCAGAGGCGAUACAGUGACCAUGCUGGACCAGCUAUUCCUUCGGUUGUGGCGUAUCCAAAAAGGAGUCAGACCAGCACUGCAGAUAGUGACCUCAAAGAAGACGGAAUUCCUUCCCGGAAAACAAGCGGCAGUGCUGUCGGAGGAAAGGGAACUGCUCCAGCCAGCCCCAUGCUUGGGAGUGCAAGUAAUCCCAAUAAGGCUGACAUUCCUGAACGCAAGAAAAGCUCUGCUGUCCCUAGUAGUAAUACAGCAGCUGGUGGAAUGACACGGCGCAAUACUUACGUCUGCAGUGAAAGAACUACAGCCGACAGACAUUCAGUAAUUCAGAAUGGGAAAGAAAGCACUAUUCCUGAUCCGAGGACUCCUGUUGCUUCAACGCACAGUGUCAGCAGCACAGCUACCCCAGACCGGCUCCGCUUCCCGAGGGGCACCGCCAGCCGCAGCACUUUCCACGGGCAGCCCCGGGAGCGGCGGACCGCCACGUAUAACGGCCCACCUGCCUCGCCCAGCCUGUCCCACGAAGCCACACCACUGUCGCAGACUCGAAGCCGAGGCUCCACUAAUCUUUUUAGUAAAUUAACUUCAAAACUCACAAGGAGAAACAUGUCAUUCAGGUUUAUCAAAAGGCUUCCAACUGAAUAUGAGAGGAACGGGAGAUAUGAGGGCUCAAGUCGCAACGUAUCUGCUGAGCAAAAGGAGGAAAACAAAGAAGCAAAACCUCGCUCCCUGCGCUUUACCUGGAGCAUGAAAACCACUAGUUCCAUGGACCCCAGUGACAUGAUGCGGGAGAUCCGCAAAGUGCUGGAUGCCAAUAACUGCGACUAUGAGCAGAGAGAACGCUUCCUACUCUUCUGUGUCCACGGUGAUGGGCACGCGGAGAACCUCGUGCAGUGGGAGAUGGAGGUGUGCAAGCUGCCAAGACUGUCUCUGAACGGGGUCCGGUUUAAGCGGAUAUCAGGGACAUCCAUAGCUUUCAAAAAUAUUGCUUCCAAAAUUGCCAACGAGCUAAAGCUGUAACCCAGUAAUUACGGUGUAAAUUAAGUAGCAAUUUAAAGUGUUUUCCUGAACACUGAUGGAAAUGUAUAGAGUAAUAUUUAGGUAAUAACGUCUGCAUCUUCUAAAUCAUGAUAUUAAAAUAUAAGGACGAGAGCACGCCUGGGAGCGGAAGCUGGCCUUUUUUCUACGAAUGCACUACAUUAAAGAUGUGUGACACGCGUGCCCUCUGUCUUAUUUCCAUUGCCCUGAAAGUCAGCGUGUGACAUCAUCGCCACGGGCCUCCUGUCUGUGUGGUGUGAGCGUGGACUGUGCGUGUGAAGUAGUGCAUACGGAAGCAUCUCCUUACACUGGCAGCCAGAGUUGUUACGAGUACCUCUGUGGGAGAUCAUUUGGUGCUAAAACAUUAAAAUUGCCAAGGAGGAAAAUACUGAAUUACUACUAAGAAUUAACCUUAACCUUAAGACUAGUUGAUAAUUAAUACAGGUUUACAGUUCAUGCCUGUGGUUUUGUGUUUGUUGUUUUGUGUUUUUUUUUUUUUUUUUUAGUGCAAAAGGUUUAAAUUUAUAGUUGUGAACAUUGCUUGUGUUUUUCUAAGUAGAUUCACAAGAUAAUUAAAAAUUCACUUUUUCUCA